AUGGACCACGACAGGUUCUUACAGUGGGCGACAUUCACAGCCUCUUCCCGGCCAACUCAGCAGAUGGUCCAAGCGCAGAACCCUUAUCAGCAAGCAUCGAACAGAUUGAUUCCAAGAAAUUCGAGCACCAGUAAUACCUACGCCACAUACAUGCCAUUGUCUGCGAGUCCUGCUCAGCCGCCAUUGCCACUUUUAUCUCCACCGCUGCUGCCGCGAUCACCGCCGGCCGGGUCUCUACAGCCUUGCAAUGGUGACGAGUCUCAAAAUGCAUAUCAGAAUCACCAUUAUUACGAGCAGUUACAGCCAGGCGGUGUAGAUGCCCAAGGCCAGAGCUAUGCGUAUCAAGCGCAAGACACGUACCAAAACGCUGCGGAAGGGAACUGGCAAGGAAGGUAUGCUUAUAUGAACAUGGGCCACAAAGCGCAAAUUGCAUCACAGACCUACAAUAGAUCUAUACCCACCUACACAGGCGAUGAUGGUACCAGAGCGAAAUACCAAAUUACCGCGGCACAACUCCCAGAGCCUAGGAAUCAUGAGGCCGCAGGAGCUCCUCAUGGUAUCACCGAGAGGAUGGCCUCGAUAGCUCUCGAAGGUCAAGCUCCUAUGUACCAGACGAACUCGCAAGCACAAAUUCCGAUGGGAGUGCACAGACCUCAGUUUGAUGGCAUUCCAGAGCUCAACAUACUUGUACUAGGGGAGACAGGUGUCGGGAAAUCGACAUUCAUCAACGCAUUUGCAAACUACAUCUACUAUGGCUCGCUGGAUGAUGCAUUGAGGACCAGGGACCUCCAAUGCGUUAUACCGAGCUCGUUCACCUGGCAGAGUCUUGUUGGCGACGACUAUGUCUCUAGGACGAUUCAUGUCUCACCGAACUCUGGCGAAUUCAUCGAUAAGGCACUUCAAGACGAACGUGAUGGCACCCAGGGCCAGUCAGCCACCCAAUCCACGAAGCAUUAUAUCAUGAGAGUUAACAACACUCAGAUUCGGCUCAUCGACACCCCAGGUAUAGGUGAUACUCGAGGAGCCACACAUGAUAAGAGGAACAUGGACAAUAUCUUGGGCAGCCUGAAGUCAGUGGAUGUUUUGCAUGGCAUACUGAUUCUCCUGAAACCUAAUAAUGCGCGACUGGGAAUCAUGUUUACAUUCUGUCUGAAGGAGCUGUUGACACACCUGCAUCGAGACGCAGCAAAGAAUAUCGUGUUCGGAUUCACCAAUGCGAGGAACACAUCCUUCCGGCCUGGUGAGACAUAUGCUACCCUACAGAGUAUGUUGGACUCGGACAAGACAGUAGGGAUCCACCUUGACCGCAACAUUACCUACUGUUUUGACAGUGAAAGCUUCCGAUGUCUGGCUGCUCACAACAACAAUAUCAAUAUACAUGACAUGGGUGACAUUCGAGACUACCGACUCAGCCGGGAGAAGUCCGCUGCUGAGACAUAUCGAAUGCUCGAGCAUUUCACGCCACGGAACACGAAGCCACAUCAAGUCUCCGAGACAUGGGACCUGUAUACAACAAGAGAGUUGGUGCGAGUCUUGACCAUCCCCAUGGCGGAUAUCACACAGAACAUCAACAACAACAUCGCCCUACAGAAGGACGAACAACGUGAGCUUACCGAUGCGCUGGCAAAAGGCCAAGCCCUGUCAACCGCCUUGCACUUGAGCAAAGUUGUAUAUGAGAUCAAGGCUUUGGAUAUGCCUCGGACUGUCUGCUCAAGCGCAAAAUGUGUCGAAUUUAAGGACGGCGAGAGACAUUACAAGACCAGGUGCCAUGAUCCAUGUUACCUGGAAAAUGUCGAAGUAGACCAAUUUCCUUGCGAAGCUCUCAUGCACUGCCAUGCAUUCAGAAGGCAUGGACCCGACAGAUGCAAGGUCUGCGGGCACUCAUGGCAACUCCACCUGCAUAUCAUGUGGGAGCCCGUCGAAAAGACAGUUCAAGUGAAAGAUGAAGCAGUUGCGCUAAGAAUAAAAGAGGCCAGGUCCGCAUAUGAAAUCAUGCAUUUAGCGUUGAGAAGGCGUCAAGAGCUCAUCAGGAAAUGGGAAAUGGAGCGAGCAUAUAUUCAGAAAGCGGCUGGUCAAUUUGCCGUCUUUCUGAAGCGAAGUUCGAUUAAACCUUGGAAUGAUUCUAAGCUGGCAUAUCUGGACCACCUAAUAGAAGAGGAAAAGAACAAAGUCCAAGCCGGUGGCUCCGACAAGCGACUUAGAGACCUUUGUGCGGAUCGAAGACAGCACCUGGAAGAGAUCAGUACGCUCACGCAGUACGUCCAAGCUGGCAAACAACAUGUACUUCUGGACCAACAGGGAAUCAAAAGCUUGAUCCAACAACUCUAUUCGUUGGAGUUGACGGGCCCGAAUUUGAAGAAAGUCGCACAGCAGCUGGAAGAUAUACAAAAUGCUACAGUGGAGAAAUCCAAGCAGAAUGGGGCCAGUGGAAGCAGUAAAUUUCCGAGGACUCAAGUGUCACCGACCCAUCUAUACAGUCAGCGUCGCGGGUAUAGCAGUGACCCGGCUAGUAGCGGGCAUCAGCAGGACCAGUAUGGACAGCAGUCGGGAGGCGGAGUUUCUGGGAUGAUCAAGGGUUUAUUUGGUAAUUGA